CGGCGCGCGACGGAAGCGGGGACUUGACGCACCGAGAGCGGAGACUGGGGAGUGGGAGGGGCGCGAGCAGACCUGAAGGAUGUCUCUGGCGGACGAGCUGCUGGCCGACCUGGAGGAGGCGGCGGAGGAGGAGGACAACUUUGUGGAUGAGGAAGAUGAGCCGGCCAUCGAGGAUGUGCAGGAGGAGAUGCAGCUGGACCUCAGCGUCGACUCGGUCAAGAGCAUUGCCAAGCUCUGGGACAGCAAGAUGUUUGCGGAGAUCAUGGUGAAGAUCGAGGAGUAUAUCAGCAAACAGUCGAAAGCCACAGAAGUGAUGGGGCCGGUGGAGGCGGCUCCGGAGUACCGAGUCAUCGUUGACGCCAACAACCUGACGGUGGAGAUCGAAAAUGAACUGAACAUCAUCCACAAAUUCAUCCGGGAUAAAUACUCCAAGCGAUUCCCCGAGCUGGAGUCCCUGGUUCCCAAUGCCCUGGAUUACAUCCGCACGGUCAAGGAGCUGGGCAACAGCCUGGACAAGUGCAAGAACAACGAGAACGUGCAGCAGAUCCUGACUAACGCCACCAUCAUGGUGGUGAGCGUCACGGCCUCCACCACGCAAGGGUGUUGGGGUUUUAUCCCAGAGCAGUUUUCUCCUAAGUGUGUUCAGGCCAUUGGAGUUUACAGAGGGAAUUGGAACAUCGCCCUCCAUCCAAAGCGUCCCCCCGGGCGAGCAGGGAGACGAGCCCAGAGCUGGGAGGUCUCAGAUCCCUGGGUGCACGGCCUGGGAGAACUCUGUUGGAACAGAUCUCCGGGUGUCUCCCCGGGAAAGCAGGGCAGACCGGACGCAGGCCCACGGCGGGAUGCCGGCGUCUCUGACUCCUGGCCCGGCUGCCUAACUGCGUCUCGUUCUGCUCCCCGCCCCCUUCCAGCGCAGGCUCUGGUAGCCACCUCCCCGCCCAGCCACAGCCACCUGGAGGACGAGAUCUUCAACCAGUCCAGCAGCACUCCCACCUCCACCACCUCCAGCUCGCCCAUUCCGCCCAGCCCUGCCAACUGCACGACGGAGAAUUCGGAAGAUGACAAGAAGGGGCGGUCGACGGACAGCGAGGUCAGUCAGUCUCCCGCGAAGAACGGUUCGAAAAGCGUCCACAACAACCACCCCCCGCCCUCGCCGGCCGUCACACCCAGCUACCAGUUGGGCAGCAGCUCCAGCACCUCGUCCUCGCUGGGCAACGGCCCGGGCUCCAGCAGCAACGGAGCCGUGUCCAACAGCAGCGGGAGCGGGGGCGCCGGGGCCAAGGCCAUCCCGGCCGCCGGCCACACGCCCAGCACCCCUACCCCUUACGCCCAGGCCGUCGCGCCCCCGCCCCCCGGUGCCAACGCCUCGCAGCCCCGACCUCCCAGCGCCCAGCAGAACGCCAGCAAGCAGAACGGGGCCACCAGUUACAGCUCCGUGGUGGCUGACAGCACACCUGACUCCGUUCUCGGCAGCAGCGGCCCAGCGCUCCCCAGCCAGCCGGUGGCCCACAACCCACCCAGCAGCGCUGCGAAAGAGCCCAGCGGAGUCCCCGCGCCCCCCAGUGCCAGCUCUGGCCUCCUGGUCCCCAUGACGGUGAAUACCCCGAGCUCCCCGACCCCUUCCUUCUCCGAGGCCAAGCCGAGCCAGCCGCUGCUCAACGGCCCGCCCCAGUUCAGCUCCACGCCAGAAAUCAAGGCGCCCGAGCCCCUGAGCAGCUUGAAAUCCAUGGCAGAGCGAGCAGCCAUCGGAUCCAGUAUAGAGGACCCAGUGCCAUCUCUCCACCUGGCUGAAAGGGCAGACAUUUUAAUUAGUAGCACGACCUCGCAGCCGCCCUCCAGCCAGCCGCCUAUCCAGCUGUCGGAGGUGAACAUCCCUCUCUCCCUGGGGGUCUGCCCCCUGGGACCAGUGCCCCUCACCAAGGAGCAGCUCUACCAGCAGGCCAUGGAGGAGGCAGCCUGGCACCACAUGCCUCACCCCUCGGACUCAGAGAGGAUCCGGCAGUACCUGCCCCGGAACCCCUGCCCGACCCCCCCUUACCACCACCAGAUGCCUCCACUGCACUCGGACACCGUGGAGUUCUACCAGCGGCUCUCAACGGAGACGCUCUUCUUCAUCUUCUACUAUCUGGAGGGUACCAAGGCGCAGUACCUGGCGGCCAAAGCCCUCAAGAAGCAGUCGUGGAGGUUCCACACCAAGUACAUGAUGUGGUUCCAGCGGCACGAGGAGCCCAAGACCAUCACGGAUGAGUUUGAGCAGGGCACGUACAUCUACUUCGACUAUGAGAAAUGGGGCCAGCGGAAGAAGGAAGGGUUCACUUUCGAGUACCGCUAUCUAGAAGACCGUGACCUGCAGUGACGCCUGCUCACCCCCCAGGGGGCGCCAGCCUUCCAGAGUCACGCAGGCGGGACAUUGGGGCAUGGGGGGGGACGAGAGGCCAAGCUCACCUCCCCCACCCCCAUUCCACCUCACCACCCCCAGGCGGGGGCCCCCUCCGGCCAUCCGAACCCUUUAAAUGCAUGCAGUUUUAAAAAAGAACAAAGGGGGGAGGGGCUGUGAAGAGAGGGGAAUCAGCCAUUCCCCAGCCCCCCUUCCUGGGUGAGUGUUGAGGGGGCGGGCAGAGGGACAUGCGCAGGCAAAAAAAAAAGUGAACAAAGAUGAUCUUGGAGGAGGAGUGUUGGGGGAGGGACAUUAAAUCAUUUGGUUUUUUUUUUUUAAAUUAAAACAGCAAAAAAUCGAGCAGAAUUAUUGUAAACCCCCCCCCUCCAAAAAAAUUCCUCUUGGGAGGCCCCAAACCCCACCUCCCGCUCAAUUCCCACCCCCCCUGCUCUCCCAUUUUUCGUCUCCUCCCCACUCCCAUGAGUUUUCGAUCCAGCCCCAAAGCAGAUCGGCUGGGUUUUCCUUGGGGGAGGGACGGACAGGAAUUCAAAAGGGGAGGCUGUUUUUUCUGAUUGCUUUUCCCCCCUUCUCCCGAGGUGCUAUGCAGCCGCUGAGGGCCGGGUGUUUAAAAUAUUUUUCGUAACCCUAUUUUCAUUUUGGAAAAUAUUUAUGAAUAAAUAGUUUUAUAUGA